AUGGAUCAUCUUGACCAAUCCACAAAUCCCGCCAGCCCAUUCUAUCUGCACCCUGGAGAAAACCCAGGUUUGACUCUCAUAACCCAGACUCUUAACGAAAAUAACUACUCUUCUUGGAGCAGGGCCAUGAAGAGGGCUCUGCUUUCCAAAAAUAAAAUCAAAUUCAUAGACGGGUCCAUAAAGAAACCCCAGAAAACGGAUGCUACCUAUGAUACCUGGGAGAGAUGCAACGUUAUGAUACUGUCCUGGAUUACAAAAACCUUAUCACCACACAUUGCUGAGAGUGUUAUCUACGUGGAAGAGGCAAAAGAAUUAUGGGACGAGCUUAAGGAAAGAUUCUCCAAAGGAGAUUACUUCAAGAUCUCAGACUUAUUACAGGACAUACACUCAAUUAAGCAAGGAGAACGUGGAGUUAGUCAAUUUUUUAUAGACCUGAAAAUACUAUGGGAAGAACUGGAGUCUUUAAGACCCAUUCCUACCUGCACUUGUGAAAUUCCAUGCAAUUGUGAUUUGUCCAAGAUUUCAUUGAAAUAUAGAGAAGCUGAGCAUGUUAUUUGCUUUUUGAAAGGUUUAAAUGAUUCUUAUAACACUGUCAGGACACAAAUCCUUCUAAUGGAUCCUUUACCUAAUGUUAACCGUGUUUUCUCCCUUAUUAUGCAACAAGAAAGACAGGAAAAGCAAAAUCCUACAGAAACAAGAGUUCUGGCAAAUAUUGUUGACAAAAACAAUCAAUGGAAAACUGAUCAGAAUUGGAGGAAUCAGGGAAGAGGUGUAGGAACUCGUGGCCAAGGCAGAGGAAGAGGAAGAAACCAAAAUUAUGGAAAGUAG